UUGGAGUGUGGAGCAAGCGGCGGGUCUGCAGUCGGAGACUUGCAGGCAGUGAACACGGUGCGAAGGAACUGGAGGGGGGGCGGAAUUUUAAAAAGCUAAACGUGGAGCCGCCGCCCGGAGAUCGAGAAGGGGAAUCGAUUUGAGAGCAAUAAAAAAAGAACCCACUUCGGAUCAAACAGCAUUUAAAAAGCUACGACUCAACUGAGACCUAAAAUAAAACCUGCUCAUGCACCAUGGUUUUUCAAACUCGGCACCCUUCAUGGAUUAUUUUAUGCUACAUCUGGCUCUUCCGUUUUGCACACACCGGGGAGGCGCAGGCUGCAAAGGAAGUACUACUGCUGGAUUCUAAAGCACAACAAACGGAAUUGGAAUGGAUUUCCUAUCCACCAAAUGGGUGGGAAGAAAUUAGUGGUUUGGAUGAGAACUACACCCCGAUACGAACAUACCAGGUAUGCCAGGUCAUGGAGCCCAACCAAAACAACUGGCUGCGGACUAACUGGAUUUCAAAAGGCAAUGCACAAAGGAUUUUUGUAGAAUUGAAAUUCACCCUGAGGGAUUGUAACAGUCUUCCUGGAGUACUGGGAACUUGCAAGGAAACCUUUAAUUUGUACUAUUAUGAAACAGACUACGACACUGGCAGGAAUAUAAGAGAAAACCUCUAUGUAAAAAUAGACACCAUUGCUGCAGAUGAAAGUUUUACUCAAGGUGACCUUGGUGAAAGAAAAAUGAAGCUUAACACUGAGGUGAGAGAGAUUGGACCUUUGUCCAAAAAGGGAUUCUAUCUUGCCUUUCAGGAUGUAGGGGCUUGCAUAGCUUUGGUUUCUGUCAAAGUGUACUACAAGAAGUGCUGGUCGAUUAUUGAGAACUUAGCUAUCUUUCCAGAUACAGUGACUGGUUCAGAAUUUUCCUCUUUAGUUGAGGUUCGAGGGACAUGUGUCAGCAGUGCAGAGGAAGAGGCGGAAAACUCCCCCAGGAUGCACUGCAGUGCAGAAGGAGAAUGGUUAGUGCCCAUUGGAAAAUGUAUCUGCAAAGCAGGCUACCAGCAAAAAGGGGACACUUGUGAACCUUGUGGCCGGGGGUUCUACAAAUCUUCCUCUCAAGAUCUUCAGUGCUCUCGUUGCCCAACACACAGUUUUUCUGAUAAAGAAGGCUCUUCAAGAUGUGACUGUGAGGAUGGAUAUUAUAGGGCUCCAUCUGACCCACCAUAUGUUGCAUGCACAAGGCCUCCAUCUGCACCACAGAACCUCAUUUUCAACAUCAACCAGACCACAGUAAGUUUGGAAUGGAGUCCUCCUGCGGACAACGGAGGAAGAAACGAUGUGACCUACAGAAUACUGUGUAAGCGGUGCAGUUGGGAGCAGGGGGAAUGUGUUCCCUGUGGGAGUAACAUUGGAUACAUGCCCCAGCAGACUGGAUUAGAGGAUAACUUUGUCACUGUCAUGGACCUGCUAGCCCACGCUAAUUAUACUUUUGAAGUUGAAGCUGUAAAUGGAGUUUCUGACUUAAGCCGAUCCCAGAGGCUCUUUGCAGCUGUCAGUAUCACCACUGGUCAAGCAGCUCCCUCGCAAGUGAGCGGAGUAAUGAAGGAGAGAGUGCUACAGCGGAGUGUCGAGCUUUCCUGGCAGGAACCAGAGCAUCCCAAUGGAGUCAUCACCGAAUAUGAAAUCAAGUAUUACGAGAAAGAUCAAAGGGAACGUACCUAUUCGACACUAAAAACCAAGUCCACUUCAGCCUCCAUUAAUAACCUGAAGCCAGGAACAGUAUAUGUUUUCCAGAUUCGGGCUUUCACUGCUGCUGGCUAUGGAAAUUACAGUCCCAGACUUGAUGUUGCUACACUAGAGGAAGCUACAGGUAAAAUGUUUGAAGCUACAGCUGUCUCCAGUGAACAGAACCCCGUCAUUAUCAUCGCAGUGGUUGCAGUAGCAGGGACCAUCAUUCUGGUGUUCAUGGUCUUUGGCUUCAUCAUUGGAAGGAGGCACUGUGGUUAUAGCAAAGCUGACCAAGAAGGAGAUGAAGAGCUUUACUUUCAUUUUAAAUUUCCAGGCACCAAAACCUACAUUGACCCUGAAACCUAUGAAGACCCAAAUAGAGCUGUCCAUCAAUUCGCCAAGGAGCUAGAUGCCUCCUGUAUUAAAAUUGAGCGUGUGAUUGGUGCAGGAGAAUUUGGAGAAGUCUGCAGUGGUCGUUUGAAACUUCCAGGGAAAAGAGAUGUUGCUGUAGCCAUAAAAACCCUGAAAGUUGGUUACACAGAAAAACAACGCAGAGACUUUCUAUGUGAAGCAAGCAUCAUGGGGCAGUUUGACCAUCCAAAUGUUGUCCAUUUGGAAGGGGUUGUUACAAGAGGGAAACCUGUCAUGAUUGUAAUAGAAUUCAUGGAAAAUGGAGCCCUAGAUGCAUUUCUCAGGAAACAUGAUGGGCAAUUUACCGUCAUUCAGUUAGUAGGAAUGCUGAGAGGGAUUGCUGCUGGAAUGAGAUAUUUGGCUGAUAUGGGAUAUGUGCACCGGGACCUUGCAGCUCGCAAUAUUCUUGUCAACAGCAAUCUUGUUUGUAAAGUGUCAGAUUUUGGCCUUUCCCGGGUUAUAGAGGAUGAUCCAGAAGCCGUCUAUACAACGACUGGUGGGAAAAUUCCAGUAAGGUGGACAGCACCUGAAGCCAUCCAGUACCGGAAAUUCACAUCAGCCAGUGAUGUAUGGAGCUAUGGAAUAGUCAUGUGGGAAGUUAUGUCUUAUGGAGAAAGACCUUAUUGGGACAUGUCAAAUCAAGAUGUUAUAAAAGCAAUAGAAGAAGGUUAUCGUUUACCAGCACCCAUGGACUGCCCAGCUGGUCUUCACCAGCUGAUGCUGGAUUGUUGGCAAAAGGAACGCUCCGAAAGGCCAAAGUUUGAGCAGAUAGUUGGAAUUCUAGACAAAAUGAUUCGAAACCCAAAUAGUCUGAAAACACCCUUGGGAACCUGUAGUAGGCCAAUAAGCCCUCUUCUGGAUCAAAACACUCCAGACUUUACUACAUUUUGCUCAAUUGGAGAAUGGCUACAAGCUAUUAAGAUGGAAAGAUAUAAAGAUAACUUCACAGCAGCCGGCUACAAUACCCUUGAAUCAGUUGCCAGAAUGACUAUUGAUGAUGUGAUGAGUUUAGGGAUCACACUGGUUGGCCAUCAGAAGAAAAUCAUGAGCAGCAUUCAGACUAUGAGAGCACAAAUGCUUCACUUACAUGGGACUGGCAUCCAGGUGUGAUGAGCGUUUCUCCCUCAUGCGGGAAGUUACGGGCUGGAGAGAACAGUGCUGGCCUUCGGUGUACUCAUAGGAUGCUGCUACAAGACAGCUGAGGUCCUGGGCCCCUUCUGCAGUGAAGAGAAGAUUGAAGAAGCACCUAAAGACUUAAACUCCUAAGUGCCACCGGAACAUAUAAAAAGGGA